AUUGACAUGCUAGAAGAUCCACUUGCAGCCAAGUUUUUCGGCUAAAAUGGCCUGUGACGGUCUGGUAGCUCUGGAAGGAUAACACAUUCCAUUUCACUGUUCGCUGAACAAUAUAAGAUUGUUUUGGGGAAGUUUAUUAGCUUUUUCACGCCAUCUAAAUAUUACUCCAUAUCUCAAGAUGACGCCUACAUUCUACCCUCACUAAAUCUCUAAAAGUCUCAAACAAUUUCUGCCAUACAGACAUGAACACUACUGCAAUAUACCACCUCUCUCUCUCUCGGUCUGUCUCUCUCUAUCUAUUUCUAUAUUUCUAUUCUCUUUCACUCUUUCUCACCUUCCCUCGCACAUACUCCCCUGUGUUUGUGUUGAUGGAGAUAUCAAUUGAGGAUGAGCAUGGUAACGUUUUGCCAAUAUUGUCUGACAGAUCGAGGGGAAAGCGUUCUCUUGAGAAAUGAACACACCUGUGUGAGAACACCCAACUGUCCUUGGGCCAGCUGGCAUUUUUUACCCUGACCAAUAACUGAGUAUUUUCCUAACUGGCAGAUUACAAGCUGACCUAUCAAUGCACUGCCCUACCAUUUGUAUGGCUCUAGUUUAGAUCUCACACAUACUCAUUGUGGAUUUUUGUAUUGAAACCUCAACCAAACUGCCACGUUCAAUUGCAGCACUAUCCACUUACAACAUGCAAUCAGGGAGACCGUCACUACACCCCCAGAUAUAAUACAAGAGUUUUAAUUAAGCAUGAACGAGUUUGCACUUGAGCAUGCAUAAUUUCUGUCUAUUUUUCUGCAUGUCUGUGUGUAAACUUGCAUAAUGCAUGCGCCUGUGUUUCUGUGUGAAUGUGUGUCUGCAUGUUUGUCCAUGUCUGUGUCUACCUGUCCACAUAACUGCAUACUAACCUGUGGUGGCUGGUGGCACUUUACAUCAGAGGACAGGCUCAUAGUAGGACUAAUGCCUGGAAGUUAAUGGAACAUGUGAUUGAUACCAUUCAAUCGAUUCCAUUCCAUCCACCAUUACAAUGAGCCGUCCUCCUCUCACCAGCCAAAACUGAUGAUAUAAUCAAUGUAAUACAUAAUGAUAUAAUCAAUGUAACAGCUACUAAUUCAUGUGUCCCUCCCAGGCUGGGAAGAAGUGUGAGGAGUCGCGUCAGGAGAAGGAGGCCAUGGUGAUGAAGUAUGUUCGCGGGGAGAAAGAGGCUCUGGACCUGCGCAGGGACAAGGAGGGGCUGGAAAGGAGGCUGAGGGAGGCCACCAAGGAGGUGGACCGCCAGGCCCUCAGGGGAAACAGUUUGGCCCAGGAGAAAGGCCGGCUGCAGCAGCUCCACGACGCCAAGGAGGGAGAGGUGAGCAGGCUGAAUCGGGAGUUGGAGAACGUCAAGGAGGGGAUCAACUCACACCUCAUCAAGGUCAAAUGGGCCCAGAACAAGCUGAGUAGUGAGACCGAGGCCCAUAAGGAGACUAAAGUUAAACUACGAGAGACCACGGCCAAACUCACCCAGGCCAAGGAGGAGACUGAGCAGAUCCGCAAGAACUGCCAGGACAUGAUCCGCACAUAUCAGGAGUCAGAGGAGAUCAAGUCGAACGAAUUGGACGCCAAGCUGCGCGAGACCAAAGGCGAACUGGAGAAACACAAACAGGAACAGACAGACCAGCUAGAGAUGCACCGUUCCAAGGCCAAGGAGCUAGAAGACCUAAAGAGGACAUUCAAUGAGGGAAUGGAUGAACUGACCACUCUGCGGGCAAAGGUGAAGUGUCUGGAGGAUGAGAGGCCUCGCUGGGAGGAUGAGCUCUCCAAGUACAGAGAGAUCAUCAACAGGCAGAAGGCUGAGAUCGCGAGGCAGAGAGACAAGCUGGGAGAGAUACACGCACUGGAGGAACAGCACCAACGGGAUGAGCAUGAGAUGGUCAGUCUACGCGAGGAGGUGGAGAGCGUGAACGUCCAGAUCUGCGACCUCCAGCUGGAUGUGCAAGGCAGCCGGGAGCGGGAGGCUGAGCUCCUGGGCUUCACGGAGAAGCUAAGCAGCAAGAACGCCCUGCUGCAGUCGGAGAGCAAUGGCCUACAGGCCCAGUUGGACCGACUGGGCACCAACUCCAUGGAGUUGCAGGGCCGCCUGGACGAGACGCAGACAGCACUGGCCAACCAGACUGAGCGUCUCCGGAAGGAGGAGGCCCUGCGGCAGGAUGAGGUCCAGGCUCUGCAGGCGGAGAGGGCCACGCUGCAGAUAGAGACGGCCCAGCUGAAGACCCGUGUGGAGGAGCAGAGGGACGAGUUGCAUACCCAGAAGAGGAAACAGGCGGCCAACAUCAAGGACCUGACCAAGCAGCUAAUUCUAGCCCGUAAGAGGCUGGAGCAGGUGGAGAAUGGUGGCUGUGACCGGGAUGUCAGCAGCAUGGGAAGUCGCUCCAGCUCCUCAGGAAAUUUCAACGUAAGCCAAGACGGAAAACCUCUCUACCAUGGCUCAACAAGGACCUCUGGAGGCAGAUCAGAGAACGGGAGUUUUCCUUGAAAAGGCACUGAA